GGCUGUGAAAUGUGCACACAGGAGGGUUUCCAGGCACAGAGGAGCCAGCUGGUGGGGCUGCUUGUCUCGAGGUCCCUGGAGGGCUUUGAAGGUGUCCUGGACUGGCUGCUCUCCUGGGAAGUCCUCUCCUGGGAGGACUAUGAGAGCCUCAGCAUUGUGGGCCAGCCACUCUCCCACUUGGCCAGGCGCCUCCUGGACACAAUGUGGAGUAAGGGGGCUUGGGGCUGUGAGAAGCUUAUUGCAGCGAUUCACGAAGCCCAGGCUGACAGUCAGCCCCUGAUGUUGCAUGAACUCUCGGACCCCCAUUCGCCCUGCCCAGUCCACAAGCUGCAAAUUCAUCGUCCCCAAAUCGUCCGAAGACUCUACAGCCACGUGGAAGGUGUGCUGGAUCUCGUGCAAGAGCAGGGCUUCAUGAGCCAGUAUGAAUGUGAUGGAAUCAGGCUUCCCAUCUUCACGUCAGCCCAACGGGCGAGAAGGCUGCUGGACCUUGCCACACUGAAGGCCAAUGGAUUAGCUGCUUUCCUUCUGCAGUGUGUUCAGCAGUUACCAGUCCCAGCAGCCCUACCUUUAAAAGAUGUCGCUUAUAAGAAGUACAUGUCCAAGCUAAAGGCCACGCUGUCUGCUCAGUCUCGAUUCCUGAGUUCCUAUGACGGGGAAGAGAACCUUUGCCUCGAGGACAUAUACACAGAGAACAUCUUGGAGGUGCAGAUGAACGUGGGCCCUGGCGGCCCCAGGCAGCAGAGCCCAGCCACGGUGAGCUUGGAAGAGCUCUUUCACCCCCAGGGUCGCCUCAACGAGGAUGCUGACACGGUGCUGGUGGUGGGAGAGGCGGGCAGUGGCAAGACCACCCUGCUACAGCAGCUGCAAUUCCUGUGGGCGACCGGCCAGGACUUCCAGGAGUUUCUGUUUGUCUUUCCGUUCAGCUGCCGGCAGCUGCAGUGUGUGACCAAACCGCUGUCCGUGCACACGCUGCUCUUUGAACACUGCUGCUGGCCGGAUGUCGGGCCCCAGGAUGUCUUCCAGUUCCUCCUGGACCACCCCGACCGCGUUCUGCUCACCUUCGAUGGCUUUGAUGAGUUCAGGUUCAGGUUCAGCGAUCGAGAGCGUCAUUGCUCCCCGACCCACUGCAUGCCCGUCCAGAACCUGCUCUUCAAUCUUCUGCAGGGCAACCUGCUGAAGAACGCCCGCAAGGUGCUGACCAGCCGUCCCGAUGCGGUGACAGCCUCCCUCAGGAAGUACGUCUGCAAGGAGCUCAGCCUCAAGGGCUUCUCGGAGGAGGGCAUUGAACUGUACAUGCGAAAGCAUCACCACAAGCCUGGGGUGGCGGACCGCCUGGUGCACCUUCUCAGAGCAUCUUCGGCCUUGCAUGGCUUGUGCCAUCUCCCUGUCUUCUCGUGGAUCGUCUCCAAGUGUCACCAGGAGCUGUUGCUGCAGGGCGGAGGCUCCCUGAAGACCAGCACAGACAUGUACCUGCUGAUCCUGCGUCACUUCCUGCUGCAUGCCUACCCCCCAGACACAGCCCAUCAAGGCCCAGGCCCCAGCCCGCUUCGUGGAAGGCUUCCCAUGCUCAUGCACCUCGGUCGCUUGGCUCUCUGGGGCUUGGGGAGGUGUUCCUAUGUGUUCUCAGCCAGGCAGCUCCAGGCGGCCCAAGUGGACGCUGAAGACAUUUCUCUGGGCUUCCUGGUUCCUGCCAAAACUGUGGUGCCAGGGAGCUCAGCCCCUCUGGAGUUCCUACACAUUACUUUCCAGUGCUUUUUUGCUGCAUUCUACCUAGUGCUAAGCGCUGACCUCACAUCCAGCUCUCUCAGAUAUCUCUUCAACUGCCCAAGGCUGGGCGGCUCCCCACUGGCCAGGCUACUGCUUCCUCUUUGCAUUCAGGGCUCCGGCCGUGAGGAGGACAGCAUCAGGACUUUGCUGCAGAAGGCUGAGCCCCACAACCUCCAGAUCACAGCAGCCUUCCUGGCAGGACUGUUAUCCCAGGAGCACCGGCACCUGCUGGCUGAGUGCCAGGCGUCUGAGAAGGCCUUGCUCCGGCGUCAGACCUGUGCCCGCUCGUGUCUGGCCCGCAGCCUACGCACACACUUCCGCUCCAUCCCACCUGCAGUGCCAGGUGAGACCAAGAGCAUGCAUGCCCUGCCAGGCUUCCUGGGGCUCGUCCGGAGCCUGUACGAGAUGCAGGAGGAGCGGCUGGCUCAGGACGCUGUGCGGGGGCUGGACGUUGGGCACCUGAAGCUGACCUUUUGCAGUGUGGGCCCCAGUGAGUGCGCAGCGCUGGCCUUUGUGCUGCGGCACCUCCGGCAGCCCGUGGCCCUGCAACUGGACUACAACUCUGUGGGGGACGUUGGCGUGGAACAGCUGCUGCCUUGCCUUGGGGUCUGCAAAGCCCUCUACCUGCGAGAUAACAACAUCUCAGAUCGAGGCAUCUGCAAGCUCGUGGAACACGCUCUUCACUGUGAGCAGCUACAGAAAUUAGCUCUGUUUAACAACAAAUUGACGGACGGUUGUGCACACUCCAUGGCCAAGCUCCUUGGAUGCAAGCGGAACUUUUUGGCAUUGAGGCUGGGGAAUAACCACAUUACCGCUGCUGGGGCCAAAGUGCUGGCCCAGGGGCUCCAAGACAACACCUCGCUCCAGUUUCUGGGGUUCUGGGGCAACAAAGUGGGUGAUACCGGGGCCCAAGCCUUGGCUGAAGCCUUAAGUGACCACCAGAGUUUGAAGUGGCUCAGCUUAGUGGGAAACAACAUUGGCAGUGCUGGUGCUCAAGCCUUAGCCGUGAUGCUGGAAAAGAACACGGUGCUGGAAGAACUCUGCCUGGAGGACAACAAUGUCUAUGAUGAAGGUGUGAACUAUCUUGCUGAAGGACUGAAGAAAAAUUCAAGUCUGAAAGUCUUGAAGCUGUCCAACAACUGUAUCACCUGUGUCGGAGCGGAAGCCCUACUCCAAGCCCUGGAAACGAACGACACCAUCCUGGAAGUCUGGCUCCGAGGGAACAGUUUUUCUCCAGAGGAAGUUGAGACGCUCACCCACAAGAACACCAGACUCCUGCUUUGA